ACGAAUCCACAAGCAAGAUUCAACAGACACCAAAAUUAGGGACGAUAAAGCAAACCAUAACAAUCCCAGCUUCGCACUUGAUGCCAAUCACAAUUCUAAAACAACAGAAAAAAAAUUCCUGAGGAAAUUGAAAUGACAAGCUCAAUGCACAACAAAACAAACCCACUAUACAAAGCAAGGCUUGUGGCUAAAGGCUAUAAGCAGCAACAUGGCAUCGACUAUGAAGAGGUUUUUGCACCGGUAGCUCGUCUGGAGAUGAUAAGGUUGAUAAUUUCUCUAGCAGCUCAAAACCAGUGGAAGAUUUUCCAAAUGGAUGUCAAGUCAGCCUUCCUAAAUGGCUCUCUUGAAGAAGAGGUGUAUGUUCAACAACCUCUCGGCUAUGUUGUAAAGGGUGAAGAGAACAAGGUGCUUAAACUGAAGAAAGCUCUCUACGGCUUGAAACAAGCUCCAAGAGCUUGGAAUUGCAGAAUCGACAGAUACUUUCAGGAGAAUGGCUUUGUCAAGUGCCCUUAUGAAUAUGCUCUCUACGUAAAGGUGAGCAAUGGUGGAAUUUUAAUUGUUUGCCUAUAUGUAGAUGAUCUAAUCUUUACAGGCAAUAAUCCAAGGAUGUUUGAAGAAUUCAAAAGGGCAAUGAGCAAUGAGUUUGAAAUGACAGAUAUAGGACUCAUGUCCUAUUAUCUUGGCAUAGAAGUGAAGCAGAUGGAGGAAGGGAUCUUCAUUUCACAAGAAAAUUAUGCGAGAGAGGUGCUUAAAAGAUUCAACAUGAGCAAUUGUAAACCAGUGAAUACUCCGGUUGCUGGUGGCAUGAAGCUGUCCAAGUUUGAAGAAGGUGGAAGUGUGGAUGCAACUCUUUUUCGGACUUUAGUUGGAAGUUUGAGAUAUUUAACUUGCACAAGACCUGAUAUUUUGUUCGGAGUUGGAUUGGUUAGUCGAUAUUUGGAGGCUCCUACAACAGUUCAUCUAAAGGCAGCAAAGAGAAUCCUUUGCUAUGUAAAAGGUACUACUGAUUUCGGGUUGAAUUACUUUGCCUCUAAUGACUUUACUCUUAGAGGUUUCAGUGACAGUGAUUGGGCUGGAGAUAUUGAUGAUAGAAAGAGCACCAUUGGAUGUGUGUUUUACAUGGGUGAUACAGCUUUUACUUGGAGCUCGAAAAAGCAGCCCAUUGUUACUCUGUCAACUUGUGAAGCAGAGUAUGUUGCUCUUAAUUCUUGUGUAACUCAUGCAGUUUGGUUGAGGAAUUUGCUAAAGGAGCUUCAUGUCACACAAGAGGGCCCAACGGAAAUAUAUGUUGACAACAAAUCUUCAAUUGCAUUGGCAAAGAAUCCUCAAUUUCAUGAACGAAGCAAACAUAUUGAUACCAGGUAUCAUUAUGUGUGCCAGUGUGUUGAAGACAAAGUGGUGCAGCUAAUUUUUGUGAAAUCUCACGAUCAGAUGGCAGACAUCCUUACCAAGGCUCUCAAGUUUGAUGAUUUCAAGAAAUUAAGAAGCUGUCUUGGAGUUGGAAAAAGUCAUGUUUAAAGGGGGGUGUUGAAAGGAUAAACAUGCCUUGAAUAACCAGUUCAUGUAUCUGGUAUGAGUAGUAUUUAAUAAUGUAUCUAGGAAAAUGGGAUUCAUGUAUACCAGUUAAUUAGGAAAGAACCAGUGUUUGUGAUUUAUCUAUAAAUAACUUUGUAAGUU